CUUCUGCAGGGCGGCCGGGAGCGAGGACGGACGGUCCCGAGUGCCCACUAUGGAACAGGAGAAAUACCUGCCUGAGCUGAUGGCAGAGAAAGAUAGCCUCGAUCCAUCCUUUGUGCACGCGAUGCGCCUUUUGGCAGAAGAAAUUGAAAAAUUUCAGGGUUCUGAUGGGAAAAAGGAAGAUGAAGAAAAGAAAUACCUUGAUGUCAUCAGCAACAAAAACAUAAAGCUGUCAGAAAGGGUAUUGAUCCCUGUGAAACAGUAUCCAAAGUUCAAUUUUGUGGGGAAAUUGCUUGGACCAAGAGGAAACUCCUUGAAGAGGCUUCAGGAAGAGACAGGUGCUAAAAUGUCUAUCCUUGGUAAAGGCUCAAUGAGGGAUAAAGCUAAGGAAGAAGAACUAAGGAAGAGUGGAGAAGCCAAAUAUACACACUUGAGUGAUGAACUUCAUGUAUUAAUUGAAGUAUUUGCUCCACCUGGGGAAGCUUAUUCACGUAUGAGUCAUGCACUGGAAGAAAUUAAAAAGUUCCUUGUUCCAGACUACAAUGAUGAAAUUCGCCAGGAGCAACUGCGGGAACUAUCAUAUUUAAAUGGUUCAGAGGACUCAAGUCGUGGACGGUGUAUUAGAGGAAGAGGAAUCCGGGUGCCUCCUGCAGCUCCUUCCAGGGGUCGAGGGGGUGCAGUACCUCCUCCCCAACCCGGAAGAGGCAUCCCAGCUCCCAGAGGGACAACUGUGACCCGAGGCGCCCUGCCCAUACCUCCUGUAGCAAGAGGUGUUCCUACCCCCCGAGCAAGGGGAGCUCCAGCAGCCCCAGGAUACCGGCCACCCCCUCCUCCAACUCACGAGGCCUAUGAAGAAUAUGGAUAUGAUGAUGGCUAUGGUGGUGAAUAUGAUGACCAGAGCUAUGAGACAUAUGACAGCACCUAUGCUACACAAACACAAAGGAAGAACCCAUUGACAAGCCACAGUGAACAUAAAGACAACCCACCAUUUCCCAUUUUAGGCAGCAGCUAUGGGCAGGAGAACCAUGAUUUCCCAAAAGCCCAAGCCAGUGGAAGGAAAUGGAAGUUGAGGAGAAAGCAAAUGUAA